UGCUAGCAGCACUGGGGUUAAAGCCUUGGAGGUAAACCACAACUAUUUACAAUCAUCAGCAAUGCACUCUACGUAUCUGAAAGUCUGAUUUCAGGCCUUUUAAAGACUGUUUCUGAACAGCGGCACCAAAAAUUUGGAGAAGCUCACAUUUUCUCUUAUUAUCGUGAAGCAGAGGACGUUUCUUCUGAAGCUGAACAGCAGAAUAAAUAUGCUAAGCAUCGCAGGGAACCAGAUCAAGUCGUGUUAAUGUUUAACCCCUUUCAGUUCUAUGAAAUUUCCACACAAGCAACAGAAUGAAGAACGCUGCCUGAGUGUUGCUGAAGGACAACAGGACCCUAUUUAUUUUUAUUAUGCUGCCUUCUCCUGGCUGACUCUGGACAAGUGCAGACCGAAGAGCUCCGCUGAUGGAACACAGAAUCAAAAUGGAUGAAUCCUCCACCUAACACACCAAUCCACUUUCCAGAAUGCUCAGUGGAAAAGAGGCAUUCAUCCAGCAUGAAAUGCAGUGCAUACUGAUAAUCUGCACGCCUAAUUAAGCUAUGAUCAGAAGACAGUAUCUGGAUAAUAGAAGAUGAACCCACUCGAUGCAACAAAAUCAGGAUUUUUACUGUGCAUUGCUGUCUGUAUGUUCAUCUACACUUUCAUCUACCUGAAGGACACGCUUUCUGCAGAGCAAGAGCAACAGAAAUUUAGCACAAACAGAGCAGAGUGUGGAUUUUACCCAGAUGAACUUUGUCCAGCUCUUUUUGUGGGGAAAACUGCGGCCCUUAAAAUUGGAAGCAUUUGUCAGAACACCUACAGACCUGCAGCACUCAGCUGUGUUCAGACCUCAUGCAACUGCUCCACAGUUCUCAAGGCUCUGCACUUUAUAACGAGACCACUGUCAGAUGAAGAAGGAAAUUUCUCACUGGCGUACAUUAUCACAAUCCACAAGGAGCUGGAGAUGUUUGUAAAGCUGCUAAGAGCUAUUUAUACACCUCAGAAUAUUUACUGCAUACACGUUGAUGAGAAGUCACCAACAGAUUAUAAAGCUGCUGUACAAAACAUUGUGAAUUGCUUCGAAAAUAUUUUUAUUUCCUCAAAAAGGGAGAGCGUUGUUUAUGCAGGAUUUUCAAGGCUACAGGCUGAUAUUAACUGCAUGAGAGAUCUGGUUCAUUCCAAAAUCCAAUGGAAUUAUGUUAUUAAUCUGUGUGGCCAAGAUUAUCCUAUUAAAACAAACAAAGACAUUAUAAAAUAUAUCAAAAGUAAAUGGAAUGGUAAAAAUAUGACUCCCGGGGUAGUCCAACCACUUCACAUGAAGCACAGGACACAGGUUAGUUACAGAGAAUACGUGCAUUCUGGAGUGUCGUAUGUGUAUCCCACAAAGAAUGCAAAAGCUAAACCUCCAUACAACUUGACCAUAUAUUUUGGUAGUGCCUAUUACAUAUUAACUAAAGAAUUUGUAGAGUUUACACUGACUGAUGCACGUGCAAAAGACUUGCUUGAAUGGUCAAGAGACACGUACAGUCCGGAUGAGCACUACUGGGUCACACUGAACCGUCUGCAGGAUGCCCCAGGUGCUACACCACACGCAGACUGGGAAGGAAACAUACGAGCCAUUAAAUGGAAAGAUCAAGAAGGAACCGUACACAAAGGCUGCAAAGGUCAUUACAUCAGAGACAUUUGUGUCUAUGGACUGGGGGAUUUACAGUGGAUUAUCGAAUCGCCUCACUUGUUUGCCAACAAAUUUGAGCCUGCAACGUAUCCACUGGUGAUGGACUGCCUAGAGAGACGCCACAGGCUGAAAGUGCUGCACCAGGCAGAGGUCCCAAUUGAAGAUGACUGGCGUUUCCAGGAACAGAACUCUUUCAACAUGAAGCUGGAUGUUUGAGAUUAACUGAAAUGUAAAUGUACACCCAGAAUACUGAGAACCCAUCAGUGUUUUCACCCAUAGACUUCAUUCGCUUGGUGCACUGCUUACCCCCGUGCUGUGAUGCUGUACUACUGUUUGACCAGUGAAAUAGGCAGUUAGUGUUACUCACUACAGUAACAGAAAGAGCAACGGCUGCUAAAGGAUUAAUUCCUACAGAAAAUGAUUUCUGUAAGAAGGGGGAAGUUCAUAAUCUUCUAAGUGACUGAUUUAACUGGAAAAUACACAUUCCCCAUGUCUGUAGCUGAAGAAAAAAAAAAGAGGACUAAGUGGUAUAAAAGUAACAAGAUGGAAGUAAUGACUGAACAAAGGUGAAAUACGAAGAGUACAAGCUAACUAAAGUCAUGUCUGCUGUAUGCUUUAUGAAGCAGAUUGCUCUGAGUGGCAAAUGUGUCACUAAAGCUGCAGAGCUUGCAGAGAAGCAGAUGACAGCCAGUUUCACACACAGCCCAUCUCACCGCCAUUCAUGGCCAGCUGCACUUCUCAUUUCAUUGUGUAGCAUGGCAACACCACUCAUGCACUAUUCAUGUUUUGCUCUUACUAAAAAGGGUGUCUGUAUCAGUAACAGUAGUAGGUGUCCUGCAACACUGUGUUUACUUCAAGUCCUUGUUUUUCAUCCUCUGCAGGCAUUUAGGGCUAGGAGACAUAGGAAAUGGGAAGCCAGGGAACAAAGGCAGAGUGAAAAACUGUUUAUCAAUCCCCACAGCUUCCCUGAAUCUUGACAACUGGAGAUAACACCCAGAAGCAUCCAGGAUAAGGAUCUUAUUUCCCAGAUCCUUUGCAGCCAACUGCAGUUCUAAUCAGCCUGCACAAAGAAAGUGGCUUUUUAUAUCAACCGAAGCCAAAACAGGGAAUAGGAAUAUAAAGAGAUCGAGGAUGCAGCCCUCCUCCAGGUGGGAGCUGCUCCCCCCCUUCCCCUUAAGGACUCUUAAAUAAAUCCUCUCAACUGUGCCACAGAAGAGACUGGAGAUAGAUAGGGGACAGAGCAGAGUUGGUGGUGAAUCCUGAGAAGUCAUCUCAGGUUUUCCUCCUUUAAAAGGUUUUUAUUUUUUUUGCAAAAAUGCAGCCAAAAAGUUCAUUCCAUUAAAUCCAAACAAGCUUCAAUUUUUGGUAUUAACUCUGAUGGAAUCGAGUAAAAAACAUCCUGUUAUUUGUAAGUUCACUUGAUUAGAAACUACAAAUUGUAAAGAAAUGUCUGUGAGCAAUUCAGAUGUAAGCUUCAAUAUACACCCCAAAUAUUACUCAUUUUGCAGAAAAACUUACAUAUUAAGUAUUUUUCAAAAAAAAAAAAAAAACAACAACAAAACCCACAAAACUGAAUUAACAAAUGCCCCAGAGCAGAACAAACACAUUUCCUGGAACUGUAAUGCUUAUUUUCCCACACAAGUUCCUUGGAAACAAUGCUUUUCAAUGAACUUUAACCUAAAGAAGGACCAUCUGGUCCCUAUUUAUUUACAGAAACUUACAAACUCAACCCAAAGGCCUGGACUCAGCCUACUCACAGCCAACCCCACGGCUGACUAUUGCUGAAGACAUUCCUUUAUGGAUGGAAGGAAAGGAACAAGUCAGUCGGCACGCUGAAUGGCCUUCUGAAUCCAACUCUGACACUGCUGGCUCUCUGCACAUAUUAGAGGGAACAAAUUGCACAGUAACUCCUCUCCAAACAACACAGCAAGGUGCUCCCAGCAUUUCUUUCUCCACUCCAUGCUGGCUUUAAAAGCACAAAUGUAACAUUCCUCACUGCUGUCUCUAUAGAGAAUGCAGUACCUAGCUUUCACUGUUCAUCAUGCCAUGCAGAACAAUUGUGUUUCACCUCUGAAUUGAAUGAGGAAAGUAGGAACUACUUUCAGAUUGGCUCAGCUUGCAGGAACUCAUCAAUCUGAGGAAAAAAAACCAACAAGCAGCUUUCUUCUUGAAAACAAAAAUUACAACUUCACCAACAUCAGCUGAAGAAAGGUACAGGUGAGCAAACCUCCUUCCCUAAAGGAUUUUAUUGUUUAAAUCACAAAAUUAUAUACAUAUAAAAGCCCUGAUUAAUGCACCCAUUCUUAAUCAUUAAGAAACAUCAUUUUAGCCAUUGCUGAGUAAUCACAACAUCAUCAAUUUCUCAUAGUGUAGCUUUU